UUGUCUCUGCGUCUUGCUGUUUCGUCAAAUCAAUCUCUAGAAAUCCAAAUACAAUAAAGUCAAAAAGAGAGAAGAAAAAGUAGUGAUUGAUGAGAACCGAUCAAGGAGCAGUAGUGAUGUUGGAUGAUGAUGCUUCCAACAAGAACACUGGUAACCCAUGUUGUGUGGUUUCUUCUUCUUCUUCUGAUCAUUUCCUCACUUCUUCUGAAAAUGGGGUCACCACCACAAACACAUCCACUCAGAAGAGGAAAAGAAGACCUGCUGGUACACCAGAUCCAGAUGCAGAAGUUGUGUCUUUGUCACCAAGAACUCUUCUUGAAUCAGACAGAUACAUAUGUGAGAUCUGUAACCAAGGGUUUCAAAGGGAUCAGAAUCUCCAGAUGCAUCGAAGACGUCACAAGGUUCCAUGGAAACUUCUGAAGAGAGACAACAACAUAGAAGUGAAGAAACGAGUCUAUGUUUGCCCUGAACCUACUUGUCUUCACCACGCUCCAUGUCAUGCUCUUGGUGAUCUUGUUGGAAUCAAAAAACAUUUCAGACGAAAGCACAGUAACCAUAAGCAAUGGGUCUGUGAGAGAUGCUCUAAAGGUUAUGCUGUUCAAUCAGAUUACAAAGCUCAUCUUAAAACUUGUGGCACUAGAGGCCAUUCUUGUGACUGUGGUCGCGUCUUCUCCAGGGUGGAGAGUUUUAUUGAACAUCAAGAUAACUGCUCCGUACGAAAGGUUAACCGUGAACCACCGCGGCCGCCACAACCCGUCGUUACUGUCCCGGCCUGCUCCUCUAGAACCGCCUCAACCGCAAGCACUCCAUUUAGUGAAGCGAAUAAUUGUGGUGCGGUUGCGGUUGCGACUACUAUACCUCUAGAAGGGCGUCCAGUUAAUAUGAGAAACCCAUCUCUUACACCUUCGAGUCUCAACCUCGAACUCCAGCUUCUUCCAUUAACAUCGAACCAAAACCCUAAUCAAGAAAACCAACAACACAAAGUUAAAGAACCAUCUUAUCAUCAAAAUCAUGAUACCACAAACCUAGACCUCUCCAUUGCACCAUCAUCAUCAUAUCAUCAUGAUUACAACAACUUUGAUCGCAUCAAAGAAAUAAUGGCGACCGAACAGCUCAUGAAGAUAGCGAUGAAGGAGAAAGCUUACGCGGAGGAAGCUAAAAGAGAAGCGAAGAGGCAACGAGAGAUGGCGGAAAACGAGUUUGUGAAUGCUAAGAAGAUAAGGCAACAAGCACAAGCGGAGCUUGAGAGAGCUAAGCUUUUAAAGGAACAAUCUAUGAAGAAGAUAAGUUCAACGAUUAUGCAAGUUACUUGUCAAACUUGUAAAGGACAGUUUCAAGCUGUUGCCGUUCCCGCGGCCGCGGACGAGACAUCUCUUGUGGUGAGUUACAUGUCAUCAGCGAAUACUGACGACGGAGAGGGAUCAUGAUAGAGUUUGAAAAAAGGGUUUAAAUAUGUUAGAUUCGGGUUUAUUAUGGGCUUCCAACUUAAAACCAAUUGGUGAUUAGUGGAUUGGCUCCAACCCUUUAUAUAGUAGUAGAUUACUUUUUAUAUUUCCGAUGUGGGAUGUUUCUCAUCAAUACCCUCCCUCACGCUCAGACAUCUAGGUCUGAAGCGUGGACAAUGUGGGAAUAACAUCCACAGAGGGCCCAACAUCGGUAUAGUAGUAGUAGUUGUAGUAAAUUAGGUCAAAGGAUCUUAUCGCUCUGAUACCAUGUUAAAUUCGGGUUUAUUAUGGGCUUCCAACUUAAAACCAAUUGGUGAUUAGUGGAUUGGCUCCAACCCUUUAUAUAGUAGUAGAUUACUUUUUAUAUUUCCGAUGUGGGAUGUUUCUCAUCAAUAA